AUGAUCGUGUCGUACAGGCGGCAGCCAAAUAAACCAAAGACAAGUUUAUCUCAUAAUCCUAUUCACUUAUAUGACACCGUGACAACAGCCGGCACGCAACAGCAGUACGUCCACUUGAGCCCCACGCUGUGCAAGUCUGUGGUGGUGGUGGUGGUGGUGGUGGUGGUGGAGGAGGCGGCUGCGCGCUUUCCAGACGGGUCGCGCUGCCAGCAGGAGCCGCGCUGGCGGCGACAGAGCCGAAGCACUCGUGAUGACUCGCCCGGUGGACGGGCGGCGGAGCAGAAUUCCAGCGCGGCGCGGCGCUGCGUUCGCAAAACGCACGACGCUCCGGCCGGCCUUCCUACGCGCUCGCCUUACGCCAAGACUUUCUCCCUCGAGGAGGCGUGCCCGCCGCCGUCGUUCGCCGGCGCUGCGCAGAAGAGGAAAGUGUGCGGGCUGGCGGCGAAUCCUGCUGCAGAGCGCACAGUGGUGGGGUGGGACCUGCUGCGGCCAGAGACGCUCGCUGGCGCCCUUGACCGCCGUGCGCCGCCCGUUACGGCGGCCAGCGGAGCAGGGAUCCCCGCCGACACUAUGUCAUGGCCGCGCCGCCCAGCUCAGACGCAGCCUGCCACAGUUUUCCACCUGCAGGCCCUGCCGGCGCGGGAUGCGCAACAGGUGCGGCGGAUGUCUGCGCGUGCCUCUUCCUCUGCCUCUGCCCCUGCCCUCUCCGUCUGCCAGACGCUUUCGCCCCGCGCCGCUUGUGCAGUGGAGUGGAGUGCAACAGCUGUGCCGGCUCCGAGGUUCGCUGCGCGCACACGCAACGCACUAGGCCAAGGUCGGCCAAGGCCGGCCGCCGCCCCCGCCUCCGCCCCCGCACCGACCUGUGACGUGAGCACAACAGGUGCUGCCCCCACCCCCACCAGCGCGCCGCCUGUGUGCGCUAAGUGGCUGGCAGCAGCGCUGGUGGCUGCGGUGGUGGCCGCGGUGGCCGCCCAGGGGCAGGAGCCGAGCAUCCUGGAGGCGGCGCUGCGCGCGCUCCAGCAGGGCACGCGCCACUGGAACUCGGAGCCGCGCGACGUGCCCGACGCGCAGCUGCUGGACGAGUACGACUUCGUGGUGGUGGGCGCGGGCACGGCCGGCUGCGCGGUCGCCGCCCGCCUCUCCGAGGUGCCGCACUGGUCCGUGCUGCUGGUGGAGGCGGGCCGCCACGAGAACUUCGUCAUGGACAUCCCCAUAGCCGCCAACCUGCUGCAGUUCACGGACGCCAACUGGAACUACCGGACGGAGCCGUCGUCGACGUCGUGCCUGGCCAUGGAGGGCCGCCGCUGCCGGUUCCCGCGCGGCAAGGUGAUGGGCGGCACCAGCGUCCUCAACUACCUCAUCUACACCAGGGGCAACCGGAGGGACUACGACCACUGGGAGCGCCUCGGCAACACCGGCUGGGGCUGGGCAGACGUCCUGCCGUACUUCCUCAAGUCGGAGGCGACGGCGAUCCCUGAGCUGGCGGCGGACCGCGUCUUCCACAACACGGAGGGCCCGGUGGCGGUCGACUACGCCCCCUACCACACGCCGCUGGCCGAGGCCUUCCUGGAGGCCGCCGCGCUGCUCGGCUUCCCGCAGAACGACUACAACGGCGCCACGCAGGUCGGCUCCUCAUACCUGCAAGUGACGCUGCGCAACGGCACGCGGUGGUCGUCGUCGCGCGCCUACCUGCACCCAGCGCGCGGCCGGCCCAACCUGCACGUGCGCAAGCGCUCGCUCGUCACCAGGGUGGACGUGGACCCGCAGACGCUGCGCGCGCGCGGCGUCUUCCUGGAGCGCGCCGGCCGCCGCCGCUACGUGCGCGCGCGCCGCGAGGUGGUGCUGUCCGCCGGCGCCAUCAACAGCCCGCAGCUGCUGAUGCUGUCCGGCGUGGGGCCGCGCCAGCACCUCCAGGAGAUGGGCAUCCCCGUGCUGCAGGACCUCGCCGUGGGCUACAACCUGCAGGACCACGCGUCCAUCGGCGGCCUCAUGUUCGUGGUGAACGAGAGCGUGUCGCUGCGCGCCGAGGACAUCCUGGGCCGGCGCGACAACUACGUGCAGUUCCUGGCGUACGGGCGCGGGCCCAUGGCGGUGCCCGGCGGCGCGGAGGCCCUCGCCCUCUACGACACGGAGGACCCCGCCGACCUGGACGCGCACGCCGACAUGGAGAUCGAGUUCCUGGGCGGCUCGGUGGUGUCGGAGCCGACGCUGCGGCGCAACUUCGGGAUCCGCGACGACGUGUACGAGGCGAUGUUCGCGCCGGUGGAGCGCGCGCACACCUGGAUGGCGUUCCCGCUGCCGAUGCGGCCGCUGAGCCGCGGCCGCGUGUGGCUGCGCAGCCGCGACCCGCGCGCGCCGCCGCGCAUCCGGCCCGGCUUCUUCAGCCACCCGCGCGACGUGCUGGUGUCGCUGCGCGGCAUCCGCCAGGCCAUCCGGCUGGCCGGCGCGCCGCCGCUGCAGCGCUUCCAGUCGCGCCUGCACGACCUGCCCGUGCCCGCCUGCCGCCACCUCGCCUUCUCCAGCGACGAGUACUGGGUGUGCGCGAUGCGGCAGCUGACCUUCACCAACUACCACCAGUGCGGCACGUGCAAGAUGGGCCCCUCGUGGGACCACACGGCCGUGGUGGACCCGCGGCUGCGCGUGCACGGCGUGCAGGCGCUGCGCGUCGUCGACGCCUCCGUCUUCCCGGCCAUUCCCACGGCGCACACCAACGCGCCCACCUACAUGGUGGCCGAGAAGGCGGCCGACAUGAUCAAGGAGGACUGGGGCGAGCUGCGCCGCUAG